AUGGCUGAGGGCCCAUGUGUCAGAGAGGAUGCUGGCCACCUUCUGGGAGAGAUGAGUCAUCCUUUCAAAGCUCCAUUUGUCUUCUUCUCCAUUGGUGUUGACCUCCCUGAGUGUGGGCUUGUCCAUAUUUUGGCUGGCCAUUUCCCUUUUGGCUCUCAUGUAUUUGGGAUUCUGUGGAAGCUUACCAUUAUUACUGCCACCCUUGCAAUUUGUGCAUGUCUGGUUUACCUCUGGAGAGUUGUCCUUGCUAUAGAGCCUCAAGUAUAUCAAGUUAAUUUACAGCAAAUAACUGAAAAGAUCAACACAGUGAAGAAAGAAAACAGAGAACUGGCUGAAGCAAUAUCCAUUUGGGAACAGAAGAUCAGUGAAUCAAAGAUACGUCUUCAAGAAGCUGAGAGAAGAAGUAACAUUCACUCCGCUGAAGCUCUUAAAUUGAAAUCACAAGAUGCGAACGGUCAAUUUGAGGAUCCAGAACUGAGAGCCGUGACGUCCAAUAACUGUGAACUGGAAGAAAGUAAAAAGGCCCUGGAGGAUAAGUGUAAUGCAUUGAGGUCUGCGAAAGCAGCCAAGGAAGCCAAAGUCAGACAGUUGAAGGAGAAAGCAGGCAUCCUUGAAGAAUUCUAUGAAGAAAGAAAAGUGGCUAUAGAAAAAAAGCUGGAUACGAUGAACUGUGAACUAGCUGCAGUGAAGAAUCAGAUGGCAACUGCAGAAGAAAAUCUGAAAAUAGCUACAGAGGAAAUACACAAGUACAAGCAACAAAUUGAACAAAGACGAGAACAGCUGCAACGGGCAGAGCUCACCUUCAGACACCAGAUCGCAGUUUAUGAGAAGACUGCUCAGCACAACUGGAUCAAGACUCAGAUCUGGGAGAGGGCGAUGGCGGAGGAGAGGAGGGAGGCGGCCCACUUGAAACACAGACUGGACAUGAUGGAAGGAAAGAGGCUGCUUGAGGGAUACAUGAGGCAGAAACCAAUGCCUGGAAGACCACAGACCCAGAACCCUCCAAGGAGAGGGCCCUUUGCAGAUCCAGAAGUUGCUCCUGUGAGUGAGAACAACACAGACUCUACCAAAAGGGCCAAGAAGGACAAGGACAACUUGAACUUUGAAGAGGACCCUAAACUGUGACCAAUAGGCUGUGGCAAUGUGAUAUAUUGAGAAAAGUUGUCUGAUACGCGUAUUUGAAUGAAUCCUUUCCCUCACCAUUCCUGUCCCCUCUAUUUUGUCUGUACUCGUUUCCUGUAAUAAACCCAUCAUA